AUGAGCGGCUCACAGGCCACGCUCGCGGACAGGACCCCAAGCAUCCUGAACAAAGAGUGUGUGGACAGAAGAGCCAGGACAGAGCGCUCCCCUGUGGCUCUGAAACACGACUUUGACCCCACAGGGCUGGUGCAGCGUUGUGUGAUCAUUCAGAGAGAUGAGAACGGCUUCGGACUCACAGUGAGCGGAGACAACCCUGUGUUUGUGCAGCUGGUCAAAGAAGAUGGAGCCGCCAUGAGAGCUGGAGUGCAGACUGGAGACCGCAUCAUCAAGGUGAAUGGGACUCUGGUGACUCACUCCAAUCACAUCGAGGUUGUGAAACUGAUCAAGUCUGGUUCGUAUGUGGCCCUGACAGUCCUGGGUCGUCCCCCUGGUCUCCCUCAUGUCCCGCUGGAGGAGGAGGUGCUGGGUUCUCCUGUGUCCACGCUGCACUCCCCUGUCCUGUCAGGAGGAGACCGCCGACCUCUGACCCCCAGCCCCCGACCUCUGACCCCCAGCUCCACAGACGAGCUGCAGAAUGAGAAGAGAAGCAGCCAAUCAGAGACUCCGCUGAGAGCAGACGCCCAAUCAGAGACACAGGUGACACAGGCAGAGUGUGUAGAUGGCAGCUCAGGAGACAUGUUUGUGCUCCGGAGCAGAGGGGAAAGGCCCUGUUCUCCUUCAGAGGACCCUCCCAGUGCAGGGACAGCUGUGGGCAGUGAGGAGCAGGUCCGGGCCCAGGACAGCAGUUCCCCAGGGGCCUCUCCUCUCCUUCACCCACAGAUCAUUGGAGCAGAGGACGAGUACUUUGAGCAGGAGCAGAUGAGCCUUCAGUGCAGUUCCUUCCAGAGCCUGGAGGAGCUGAAGAGUCGUCCUGCUCACCUCUCAGUGUUUCUGCAUCACGUGGUGUCACAGUUUGACCCCGCCCCUCUGUUGUGUUAUCUUUACGCCGAUCUGCACAAACAAACGAGCGCCAAAGAGAGCCGCCGCUUCUUCCAAGAGUUUUACUCACUGUUCAUGGACCGAGCUGCUAAUCUGAAAGUCCCGGUUCCAGAGACUGUAGCGGCUGAACUGGACAGGAAGCGUGUGGAGCUGCUCCCAGAGGAUCAGUGCAAACACUACAGUCAGAUGAUCCAAGACACUCUACACUGCUCCCUGCUGCGGCUACUAGAGGACUUCAGGCAUAAGCGCAGUAUGGGUCUGACUCUAGCGGAGGAUGAGCUGUGCAGACUGGAGAAGAGCAGAGAGGCAGCUCUGGAGGUCAGCUGUGCGGAGGGCGUCCUGUCCAAGAUCGACGACGUUCUUGUUGCGUCUCAGCCCUCAGAGGAGGACAAGAGCUCCACCAUCCAGUACGUGAUCCAGUCCUACAUGAAGCAUCUGGGGGUGAGGCUGAAGGAGAACAGAGGCCUGGAGCAGAAGAGGGCACGCAUACACUUCCUACCAAAGAUCCCAGCCAAGAAGAAAGCAGUGAAGGUGGAGGGAGAGGAGAAGGUGAAGAAGCGCUUCCACAACAUCCUUCCCACACCUCGACGCCUCAGCCGGGUGGAGUCUACCUCAGGGAAGGGGGCGGAGCUAAAGCAGAAGUCUCCAAAGCAGCUCCCUCAGCCCAGCUUCAGUCUCCCUGAGCAGGCAGACCCCGCCCACACCCCCCUCAGCUCCGCCCAGGCCUCAGACACCAUCGCACACCAACCAGCUGACACAGGUGUGUGUGUUCUCUCCCCGGGACCCCUGGGUGCUGAGGCCCCUGAGAGCCCCUGCUGUCCCCCCAUGCCCCAGCUGGACCUCAGCCCCGGGCAGGAGGUGCAGGAGGAGGAGCCAGACGUGUUCAGUCACCUGAACCUCCUCCUCUGUCAUCUGAACCUCCUCCUCUGUCGUCUGAACCUCCUCCUCUCUGACCUCCUCUCUGUCCCCCUCACUGACCUCCUUCUCCUCUGUCCUCUGACCCUGUUCUCCUCUCUGUCCUCCUCUCUGACUUCCUUCUCCUACUCUACCACCGUGCCGCCCUCUCCUCUUCUCCGUCCUCUUCUCCGUCCUCCUCUCUGUCCUCCUCCUUUGUCUUCCUCUCUGACCUCCUCUUCUCUGUCCUCCUCCUCUCUGUCCUCCUCCUCUGACUUCCCCUCUGACCUCCUCCUCUUCUCCUUCCCCUCUCCAACCUCCUCCUCUCUGUCCUCCUCCCCUCUUACCUCCUCUUCUCUGACCUCCUCUCUGUCCUCCUCCUCUGACUUCCCCUCUGACCUCCUCCUCUCGGUCCUCCUCCUCUCUGACCUCCUCCUCUCUGACUUCCUUUCUGACCUCCUUCUCCUCCUCUCCUCUUCUCCGUCCUCCUCCUCUCUCCGGCGCCUGGACUCGUUCUGCAGUGGAGCUCCGGACAUGCUGAGUGAGGAGGAGCAGGAGCCACAGGAGGAGGUGGAGGAGGGCGCCCCCACCUGGCAAAGUGCGGUCAGUCGGGACGUUCUGGCCGCUCUCACAUCCAGAGAGAUUGAGAGACAGGAAGUCAUCAACGAGCUGCUGCACACUGAGCGCACUCAUGUGAGGAAGCUGAAGGUUCUGGACAGCGUCUUCUACCAGAGACUGAGCCGAGACGCCAUCCUCUCAGAACCGGACCUGAGGAGCAUCUUCAGCAACCUGCACCAAAUCAUCACCCUCCACGCGUCCCUGUCUGAGCAGAUGAUAGCGGUGAGGAAGAGGAGCGAGGGCCCCGUGGUGGGCUCCAUAGGAGAGGAUCUGCUCACAUGGUUUGGGGGGAAGGAGGAGGUGCGCAUCCAGCAGGCGGUCGCUCUCUUCUGCUCGAACCUGCCCUCAGCUCUGGAGCUCAUCAAGACCAGGCAGAAGAAAGACCAGAGGUUCGCUACGUUCAUGCAGGAGGCGGAGAGUCACCGUUUGUGUCGGAGGCUGCAGCUCAAAGACAUCAUCCCUGUGGAGAUGCAGAGGCUCACCAAGUACCCCCUGCUGCUGGACAACAUAGCCAAGUACACUGAUGACGUGGAGGAGAGGAGGAGAGUGAAGAAAGCCUCUGAGGGCUGUAAGAAGAUCCUGAACCACAUCAACCAAUCAGUGAAGGAGGCCGAGAACACACAGAGGCUGAAGGAGUACCAGAGGAGACUAGACCUGUCGUCUCUGAAACCCCAGGAGAACCCAGUGGUGCUGGAAGUUAAGAACCUGGACCUGGCCCAGAAGAAGCUGGUCCACGAGGGGCCCCUGUCCUGGAAACUCACCAAAGACAAAGCUAUUGACAUGUACACGCUGCUCCUGGAGGACGUCCUUGUCCUUCUGCAGAGACAGGACGAGCGCCUGGUCCUGAAGCUCCACGGGAAGAACCUGACGAGUGGCGCCGACUCCAAACACGUGUUCAGUCCCGUCAUCAAGCUGAGCACGGUGCUGGUGCGGCCUGUGGCCACGGACCACCGCUCCUUCUUCGUCCUGUCCAUGUCUGAUAACGUGGCUCAGAUCUACGAGCUGACAGCCCCCACCAUCUCUGAGCAGCACACGUGGCAGCGUCUGAUCACGCAGUGUGCAGACUCCAUGAAGGCGCGGCUGCACAGGGCGGGCGGCGUGUCCGAGGAUGAGCGCAAAGCCACCGAGAUCAUCUGCACCCAACUGGAAAGGAGCGCUGAGGCCUCCCUCACGGACCAGGAAGAGGCCCCAUGCUCAGGAAGGGAGGAGGAGGAGGCCCCGUGCUCAGGCAGGGAGGAGGCCCCGUGCUCAGAGACGCCCUGUGAGGAGAGCUGCAGUCCUGACUCUGUGAGGGACCAAGAGGAGCACAGGGACCAGAAGGAGCACAGGGACCAGGAGGAGCACAGGAACCAGGAGGUGGAUGAGGCUAAGCUGGAGGCUUUCCUGGACGGUCAGUUAGCAGAGCGCCUGGACCAGGAGCACCAGGAGUACCAGGAGCACCAGAAGUACCAGGAGCACCAGGAGCACCAGAAGUACCAGGAGCACCAGAAGUACCAGGAGCACCAGGAGGACCAGGAGCACAGCACACAUGAGCUGAAAAUAAAUACGUCUAAAGCUGCGGAGGCUCUGCGCACACUGUCGCUGCUAAAGCAGCUGUUGUUGGACCACAUGCUCAGAGUGUCCCAGGACAGAGAGGCUCCAGAGGACUCACCCACAGAGCUGUACAGAGACCACUCCUCCUCAGGCCCCCACACUCAGGACUCAUGCACAGGGGCCCCUGGAGGCCCUGAGAGCCCUGAGAGCCCUGGGAGCCCAGAAGAGCCCACUGUGGUGUGGGCCCAGAGCAGAGGAGCACAUCCAGAGGAGCACUGCCACAUUAACGGCUUCGCAGAGGGCGCUGGACCCAACCUCAGCAGACAGCUCAUGACCCACCUGCGGCUUCUGCAGGCGGAUCUGCACUACCUCAAGGAGGUGGAGCAGAAGUACCGGCAGUUGCAGCAGAGUGUCAGUGACAUCAGCACAGACUGCACAGAUUCUGUGGUUUGA